AUGGCUAAUUUAAAAUGUAUUUCCGGUGAUGGAAUGGAAUUAGAAAAUUUAAUAAUGUCCCAAAUAUCUCUAAAUGUUGUAUUAGGUGAAAGUCGUGUUUUUGUAAAUGAAUCUCUUAUUGGAAAUGUUUUAGUUGAAUUAGAUGAAACUGAUAUAAUUGUUCAAGAAUUGUAUGCAGAAUUUCGUGGUAUUACAAAAACAGGAUGGGUUAAUAUUCAUACAGAUAAAAUUUUUGAAAAUGUUAAAGAACAUUUUUGUUAUAAAGUUUCAUUUAAUAAAAAUCCAAUGCAUAUGGUUAAAGGUUUUUAUCAAUUUCCUUUUUCAUUUCGUGUUCCAGAUGGUUGCCCAAAUAGUUAUGAAAGUGAAUUUGGUUCAGUAAGAUAUUCUAUACGUGUUGUUCUUAAACUUGACUAUGAAACAGCUAUUGUUGAAGAAAAUUUUCCAUUUUAUGUUUUUAAUAAAACACACUUUGAUGACUUACCUAUUUCCAUGUUAAGAAAAUUAGUAUAUAAAGAUGAAAUAGACUUCACAAUAUGUUCAAUACCAGCUGGCUCUAUAUAUCUUUUUAUUGGCCUUCCCAGAACAGCUUAUCAUUUAGGAGAGGAAAUAAAAAUAAAUAUUAGUGUAAAAAAUAGCAGUAGAAAAAAUUUAAAGCAAUGUUGUUUACAGCUAAUAAUGAAAUGUGAAUUAGAAGCAAUAUCAAGAUAUGAACAUAUAAGUGAAAAAAAACUUAUUGAGGUUAUAAUAGACCAGUAUGAAAUUGGGAAAAUUAAUAAAAAAUCAGAAGAUCAAAUUAGAAAUUGUAAACUUGUUGUUCCAGAAAAUGCAACACCUAGUCAAAUUGAUUGUUUUAAGAAUAAAUUGUCUAGUCAAAAAAAUGUACAAUGUGAAUUACAUUCUAAAGAUAUUAAUGAAACAAAAAAUAAUCCAUUAAUUGUUAUAAGUUAUUCAUUAAAAUUUUUGGCACUCCCUGGUAUUGAAACAGAAAUUCCAUUAAUUUUUACAACAAGAGGUUUUAAACCGGAUAGAAGUUCUUUCCCAAAAAUGAAUAUUAAUCAGUUAUCUAUGAUAAGUAGUCAUUAUAGUACAUUAACAAAAGAAAGUUCACCAAUUCUUGAAGCAAUUGAAAUGUUAAAUCAAAAACGAAAGACAAAAAUUGAUGAAAGAAAAAUUCAUAAAAAUAAUUAUCUUCAACGAGGACAUUUUUAUGAUUCAGCUUACAUUCAUCCAAUUCAUCGUGGUGAAUCAAUUUAA